AGUGACAAUGAUGUACCUGGGACAAGUGGUUCUAUUCAUUUUGCCAGUUUUAUGCUCCGCUGCAUUCAACUACACGAGCUGUGAUCAGGCUAAACAGCCCAAAUUUAUGAGCUCCUGCUGCGAUGUUCAGCGCAACGAUCAGGCCAUCAAAACCUGUCGCAAAUCCUUGCUGAACCGAAACUCUACGACGACAAACAAUGGCGAGUCGCGGAAUCUCAAAGCGGAUAAAGUGGCACUGCAUGCGUGCAUAGCAGAGUGUGCCUUCAAGGCGAAUGGAUUUUUACUGACCAAUGGAACCGUGAACGUGGCAGCCGUGCAGCGAAGCUACCAGCAGCGCUACAAGAACGAUGCCACCAUGUCCCAGCUGAUGGUGAGCAGCCUGAAUAGCUGCGUGGAUUAUGCGCAAAAACGCACCCAGCAAUACCAAUGGAUGCACACGAAGGGGGAAUGCGACUAUUAUCCUGCCACCCUGCUGGCCUGCAUUUUGGAACAGGUUUACGUCAAGUGUCCGGCCACCAAAUGGAAGAACACAGACGAGUGUGCAGCGAUGCGCAAAUAUUUGAUUGCCUGCGAUGAUGUCAAGGGCAGCAAUGGCAGGAAGUAAUAUUAAACAAUAAAUUAUGCAUAGCCAAAUCAUUUACAGA